UAACAGGUCCCAUCGCGCUGUCCUCUGAAUUGCUCAAACCAAAUUAGAAACUUCGCCAAAUUUUACAGUUCCGUCUUCCUUUUUCCCCUGUUGAAUGUUCAGAACAAUUCAGGUCUAUUGAUUUUGUAAAAUCUUACUGGUGAAGACAGCGAAUUUGUAUGCAUUUCUUCGCGUAUAGAGUUCAGCGCAGUUUAGCUUAAGCUACAGAGAGAUAGGGGAACAAGAUGAUGGUCGAAGAUCUUGGAGUGGAGGCGAAAGAGGCUGCGGUUAGGGAGGUGGCAAAGCUAUUGCCAUUGCCGGAGCUUUUGCAUUCUAUCGCUUCGAUUAAAGCCGAUUAUAUUGCUCGCCAACAGGCGAAUGAUGCACAGCUUAGUACAAUGGUGGUCGAACAGGUUGAACAAGCACAGGCCGGACUAGAAUCACUGAAUUCAUCACAAAAGACUAUAAACCAGCUUCGUGAGAACUUUGUUUCUAUUGAGAAGUUAUGUCAAGAAUGCCAAAAUCUUAUUGAAAAUCAUGAUCAGAUCAAGCUCUUGAGCAAUGCACGGAACAACUUAAACACAACCCUGAAGGAUGUUGAGGGUAUGAUGUCAAUUUCUGUUGAGGCUUCUGAAGCAAGGGACUCUUUGAGUGAUGAUAAGGAACUAAUAAACUCUUAUGAGAGAUUAACUGCACUGGAUGGAAAAAGAAGGUUUGCUUUAGCUGCUGCUGAAUCUCAUAAGGAAGAGGUCGGUAGACUAAGAGAAUAUUUUGAAGAUGUAGAUCAUACAUGGGAGACAUUUGAGACGACGCUAUGGGGUCAUGUUUCAAAUUUCUUUCAAUUAGCUAAAGAGAGCCCCCAAACACUUGUUCGUGCUUUGAGGGUUGUUGAAAUGCAAGAGAUUUUAGAUGAACAACUUGCCGAAGAAGCAGCUGAAGCUGAGGGAGGUGGUGUGAUGGCAUCAGUUGCCAAUCCUCGAAGAACUGCAAAGAAAUCAACAACUACAAUGGCUUCUUCUAGAAAUCUCACUCAGCAGAAACUGAAGGUCCAGGGAAAAGGCUACAAAGACAAAUGCUAUGAGCACAUAAGAAAGUCUGUGGAAGCACGUUUUGAUAAGCUGCUUGCAGAGGUUCAUUAUAUCACAUUUCUUUGCUGCAUAUUCAACUGUUUCACUCUCUUUUCUAUUGUACCGAAUGGGUUUAUAAUCUAUUUUACCUUCAUAAUGCAGGAAGAUCUAAAAGCAGCUAUAGAGGAGGCUAAAACGAUAGGAGAAGAGCUCGGAGAUAUAUAUGAUUACGUGGCUCCUUGCUUUCCCCCAAGAUAUGAAAUUUUCCAGCUCAUGGUGAAUCUUUAUACUGAGAGGUUUAUUCAAUGGCUAAGACUGCUCAGUGACAAAGCUAAUGAAAUGACGAAUAUAGAAAUCUUAAAGGUAACUGGUUGGGUGGUUGAGUACCAGGAGAAUUUGAUUGGCCUAGGUGUGGAUGAAUCCUUAGCUCAAGUUUGUUCGGAGAGUGGCUCUAUGGAUCCACUCAUGAAUGCAUAUGUUGAAAGAAUGCAAGCAACUACAAGGAAAUGGUAUUUGAAUAUACUUGAGGCUGACAAGGUACAAGCACCAAAGAAGACAGAGGAUGGGAAACUUUAUACCCCUGCUGCUGUUGACUUAUUCAGAAUUCUAGGAGAACAAGUGCAAAUAGUUCGGGAAAAUAGCACUGAUGUUAUGUUGUACAGAAUAUCAUUGGCUAUAAUUCAGGUUAUGAUUGAUUUCCAAGGAGCUGAGCGGCAGAGAUUGGAAGAACCUGCUUCUGAAAUCGGUCUAGAACCGUUGUGUGCUAUGAUCAAUAAUAACCUUCGGUGUUAUGAUCUUGCCAUGGAGCUUAGUUCAAGCACCCUUGAAGCUCUUCCACCUAAUUACGCGGAGCAGGUUAAUUUUGAGGACACAUGCAAAGGUUUCCUGGAGGUUGCAAAAGAGGCUGUUCAUCAAACAGUCAGUGUGAUUUUUGAAGAUCCUGGUGUGCAAGAGUUGCUUGUGAAGCUUUAUCAUAAAGAUUGGCUGGAAGGACAGGUCACUGAAUACCUUGUUGCAACUUUUGGUGAUUAUUUUACUGAUGUAAAGAUGUACAUUGAAGAAAGAUCAUUCAGGAGAUUUGUCGAGGCUUGCCUGGAGGAAACCGUGGUGGUCUAUGUUGACCAUCUUCUUACUCAGAAAAAUUAUAUCAAGGAAGAAACAAUUGAAAGGAUGAGGCUCGAUGAAGAGGUUAUCAUGGACUUUUUCAGGGAGUACAUCAGUGUUUCUAAAGUUGAGAACAGGAUAAAAAUACUUGGUGACUUGAGAGAGCUUGCUUCAUCUGAGAGCCCAGAUUCCUUCACACUUGUAUACACCAAUAUUCUAGAUAAUCAUCCAGAUUGUCCUCCUGAAGUUGUUGAGAAAAUAGUGGGGCUUCGUGAAGGUAUUCCCCGUAAAGAUGCAAAAGAGGUUGUUCAAGAAUGCAAAGACAUAUAUGAGCAUUCUCUUGUUGAUGGGAAUCCUCCUAAGGCUGGCUUUGUCUUCCCAAGGGUCAAGUGCUUAUCAGCUUCAAAAGUCUCCUUGUGGCGGAAGCUGACUUAAUUCGGUAGCAAAAGUUUUUUUUUUUUUAAGUUGUGUAGAUAUAGCAUUGUUGAAUUGGUUCCACUUCAUUCUCGUGCCAUCAAUAUCUUUUUACUACAACAUCUCUUUGUUGGCUAGAUGUCAUGUGAACAUAUUGCGUGUAUAUUAACUUGCAUAUGAAUACAGGAAUUUUAGGUUUUUAUUUACGGAUUCGUGAUUGUGGGUGUUGUAAUUUUUCUUUGUUAGAAAUAGAUGAUACUGCGGAUUUUCAAAUUAUUUGUAACUCAUAAUUCUGUUACAAAUAUGAUUAUUCAAUUCAUUUGUUACUCUAUUACUGACUUCGCAAAUUCUGUCUUAUAAGCUGGAUACAGAC